GGCCGGCGGAGGAAGGGGAGGGAGCGAGGAGCGCGCGCUGCUCUCGCGUGCUCUCGCGCCGCUCGCGUGACCGGCCGGUGUGUGCGCGAGGGCCGGCUCCCGGGGCACGGACGGCCGGGCGCGCGCCGCUGCGAGGGGCGUCCGGGUCCGAGUCGGCGGUCUGGGCCGGCGCGAGGUGCGUGCGGGCGGGCUGCGGGGGUCCCGGGCGGACACACGCGCACACGUUCCCGGAGGAGCCUUCGAGGCUGCUCUUCCUCGGCCAGACGGAGAGCGGCACUGUCUCCCCGCCCAGCGCUCACUCGCCCCGAGUCUCCCCCCGCAGCGGCUGCUCCUCCUCGGCACCGCCAGCCCCAGCGCCGCUCCCGGGCGGGCGGGCGGCGGCGGCGGCGGGACCCGCGGAGCCGCUUUGUGUGCAGCCCGACGAGGGGCGGCGGCGCAACCACCUGACAGAGGCCCGGGCGCUCGAUGCACCUUCCGCCCGCAUGAGGAGGAGAGGCCGGUAGAGGACUGUGAACCAAAAGUUGUCCCCCAGGAUGGACUUCACCGCGCAGCCCAAGCCUGCCACUGCCCUCUGUGGCGUCGUGAGUGCCGACGGGAAGAUCGCUUACCCUCCGGGGGUAAAAGAGAUCACCGACAAGAUCACCACUGACGAGAUGAUCAAACGCCUGAAGAUGGUAGUGAAAACUUUUAUGGAUAUGGAUCAGGACUCAGAAGAUGAAAAACAGCAGUAUCUCCCACUAGCCUUGCAUCUUGCAUCUGAAUUCUUCCUCAGGAACCCCAAUAAAGAUGUGCGUCUCCUUGUAGCAUGUUGUUUGGCUGAUAUCUUUCGUAUCUAUGCCCCGGAAGCUCCAUAUACUUCCCAUGAUAAACUUAAGGACAUAUUUUUGUUUAUUACCAGACAGUUAAAAGGUUUGGAGGAUACGAAGAGUCCACAGUUUAAUAGAUACUUUUAUUUAUUAGAGAAUUUAGCUUGGGUUAAAUCAUAUAACAUCUGCUUUGAAUUGGAAGAUUGCAAUGAAAUUUUUAUUCAGCUUUUUAGGACUCUCUUCUCAGUGAUCAACAAUAGCCACAAUAAGAAGGUACAAAUGCACAUGCUAGAUUUGAUGAGUUCUAUCAUCAUGGAAGGUGAUGGAGUUACUCAAGAGUUAUUGGACUCCAUUCUUAUUAACCUCAUUCCUGCACAUAAGAACUUAAAUAAACAGUCCUUUGACCUUGCAAAAGUGCUAUUGAAAAGAACAGUCCAGACUAUUGAGGCAUGCAUUGCUAAUUUUUUCAAUCAAGUCCUAGUGCUGGGAAGAUCAUCAGUAAGUGAUUUGUCAGAACAUGUAUUUGAUCUGAUUCAGGAACUUUUUGCUAUAGAUCCUCAUUUAUUAUUAUCCGUCAUGCCACAGCUUGAAUUCAAACUAAAGAGCAAUGAUGGAGAAGAGCGAUUAGCUGUUGUUCGACUUCUAGCUAAAUUGUUUGGCUCCAAAGAUUCCGAUUUGGCAACACAGAAUCGUCCUCUUUGGCAAUGUUUUCUUGGACGAUUUAAUGACAUUCAUGUUCCUGUGAGAUUAGAAAGUGUGAAAUUUGCCAGUCAUUGUUUAAUGAAUCACCCAGAUUUAGCGAAGGAUCUCACAGAAUAUUUAAAGGUUAGAUCACAUGAUCCAGAAGAAGCUAUUCGUCAUGAUGUCAUUGUUACUAUAAUAACAGCUGCCAAGAGGGACCUGGCCCUAGUAAAUGAUCAGCUGCUUGGCUUUGUAAGGGAAAGAACACUGGAUAAACGGUGGCGAGUAAGAAAAGAAGCUAUGAUGGGUCUGGCUCAGCUUUAUAAGAAAUACUGUCUUCAUGGUGAAGCAGGAAAGGAAGCUGCAGAGAAAGUCAGCUGGAUAAAGGACAAACUUUUGCAUAUUUAUUAUCAGAACAGCAUUGAUGACAAACUGUUGGUAGAGAAAAUCUUUGCUCAGUAUCUUGUCCCCCACAACCUGGAAACAGAAGAGAGAAUGAAAUGCUUAUAUUACUUAUAUGCUAGUUUGGAUCCAAAUGCUGUAAAAGCUCUCAACGAAAUGUGGAAGUGUCAGAACAUGCUUCGGAGUCAUGUACGCGAACUAUUGGAUUUGCACAAGCAGCCUACAUCAGAAGCUAACUGUUCUGCCAUGUUUGGGAAACUGAUGACCAUAGCAAAGAAUUUGCCCGACCCCGGGAAAGCACAAGAUUUUGUGAAGAAAUUUAACCAGGUUCUCGGCGAUGAUGAGAAACUUCGGUCUCAAUUGGAGUUAUUAAUUAGCCCAACUUGUUCUUGCAAACAAGCAGAUAUUUGUGUGAGAGAAAUAGCCCGGAAACUUGCAAAUCCUAAGCAACCAACAAAUCCUUUUCUAGAGAUGGUCAAAUUUCUGUUGGAAAGAAUCGCACCUGUGCACAUUGAUUCAGAAGCCAUAAGUGCACUAGUGAAAUUGAUGAAUAAGUCAAUAGAGGGGACAGCAGAUGAUGAAGAGGAGGGUGUAAGUCCAGAUACAGCUAUCCGUUCAGGACUUGAACUUCUUAAGGUUCUGUCUUUCACACAUCCUACCUCGUUCCACUCUGCAGAGACAUAUGAGUCCUUGUUACAGUGCCUAAGAAUGGAAGAUGACAAGGUGGCAGAAGCUGCUAUUCAAAUUUUUAGAAAUACAGGUCACAAAAUAGAAACAGACCUUCCCCAGAUACGAUCGACCUUAAUUCCCAUUUUACAUCAAAAAGCAAAGAGGGGUACUCCACACCAAGCAAAACAGGCUGUGCACUGUAUACACGCCAUAUUCACAAAUAAAGAAGUCCAGCUUGCACAGAUUUUUGAGCCACUCAGUAGGAGUCUGAAUGCUGAUGUGCCAGAACAACUUAUAACUCCAUUAGUUUCAUUGGGCCACAUUUCUAUGUUAGCACCAGAUCAGUUUGCUUCCCCAAUGAAAUCUGUAGUAGCAAAUUUUAUUGUGAAAGAUCUGCUAAUGAAUGACAGGUCAACAGGUGAAAAGAAUGGAAAACUGUGGUCUCCAGAUGAAGAGGUUUCCCCUGAAGUACUAGCAAAGGUACAGGCAAUUAAACUUCUGGUAAGGUGGCUGUUGGGUAUGAAAAACAACCAGUCUAAAUCUGCCAAUUCAACCCUUCGGUUAUUAUCAGCGAUGUUGGUUAGUGAGGGUGACCUGACAGAGCAAAAGAGGAUCAGUAAAUCUGAUAUGUCUCGCUUGCGAUUAGCUGCUGGUAGUGCCAUAAUGAAGCUUGCUCAGGAACCUUGUUACCAUGAAAUUAUUACCCCAGAACAGUUUCAGCUCUGUGCACUUGUUAUUAAUGAUGAAUGUUACCAAGUAAGGCAGAUAUUUGCUCAGAAGCUACAUAAGGCACUUGUGAAGUUACUGCUCCCAUUGGAGUAUAUGGCGAUCUUUGCCUUGUGUGCCAAAGAUCCUGUGAAGGAGAGAAGAGCACACGCACGACAGUGUUUACUGAAAAAUAUCAGUAUACGCAGGGAAUACAUUAAACAGAACCCUAUGGCUACUGAGAAAUUAUUAUCACUGUUGCCUGAAUAUGUAGUUCCAUACAUGAUUCACCUUCUGGCCCAUGAUCCAGAUUUCACAAGAUCACAAGAUGUUGAUCAGCUUCGUGAUAUCAAAGAGUGCCUAUGGUUCAUGCUUGAAGUUUUAAUGACAAAGAAUGAAAACAAUAGCCAUGCCUUUAUGAAGAAGAUGGCAGAGAACAUCAAGUUAACCAGAGAUGCCCAGUCUCCAGAUGAAUCCAAGACAAAUGAAAAACUGUAUACAGUAUGUGAUGUGGCUCUCUGUGUUAUAAAUAGUAAAAGUGCUUUGUGCAAUGCAGAUUCACCAAAGGACCCAGUCCUCCCAAUGAAAUUUUUUACACAACCUGAAAAGGACUUCUGUAAUGAUAAGAGUUAUAUUUCAGAAGAGACAAGAGUACUUCUGUUAACAGGAAAGCCAAAACCUGCUGGAGUACUAGGUGCAGUAAAUAAGCCUUUAUCAGCAACGGGAAGGAAACCCUAUGUUAGAAGCACUGGCACUGAGACUGGAAGCAAUAUUAAUGUAAAUUCAGAGCUGAACCCUUCAACCGGAAAUCGAUCAAGGGAACAGAGUUCAGAGGCAGCAGAAACUGGAGUUAGUGAAAUGAAAGAACCUGUGAGGAUUAUUUCCAGUCACACACUGUAAAGAAUAAUUGACCCAGUAAAGAAUAAGGAAAUUAAUUCUGAUCAGGCUACCCAGGGCAACAUCAGCAGUGACCGAGGAAAGAAAAGAACAGUAACAGCAGCUGGUGCAGAGAAUAUCCAACAAAAAACAGAUGAGAAAGUAGAUGAAUCGGGACCACCUGCCCCUUCCAAACCCAGGAGAGGACGUCGACCCAAGUCUGAAUCUCAGGGCAAUGCAACCAAAAAUGAUGAUCUAAAUAAACCUAUUAACAAGGGAAGGAAGAGAGCCGCAGUGGGUCAGGAGAGCCCUGGGGGUUUGGAAGCAGGUAAUGCCAAAGCACCCAAACUGCAAGAUUUAGCCAAAAAGGCAGCACCAGCAGAAAGACAAAUUGACUUACAAAGGUAA